GCCCCCCGAGUCGCCGUAGCUUUCAAUCGCCAUAAAAAGCGUCCACGGACCCGCGAGACCAGAAUCGAGAUCGAAUUCGAUCUCUCUUUCUCUCUCUCCAUCUCGACGGGCGAUCGCGCCGUUCGAUUGCGCGCAAAGCGUUUGCGUACAUGAAAGGAUAUGGAGCGGAACGGGUCGUGGUUGAGGGCGGUGGUGGUUCUGACGUGCUUGGUUGCCGCGAGCGGGGCGAGAGAACUUGGAGUGAGGUCCAAGGCUCAUAAAGCUAUUUACAAUCACACUCUUGCCACGAUAUUGGUGGAGUAUGCAUCUGCCGUUUACAUGUCAGAUUUGACAGAACUUUUUAGUUGGACAUGUCCUAGAUGUGAUGGAAAGACCAAGGGGUUUGAAGUCAUUGAACUGAUAGUUGACAUUCAGCACUGCUUACAGGCAUAUGUUGGGGUCGCCAAGGACCUUAAUGCUGUGGUUAUAGCUUUCAGAGGUACUCAAGAACAUAGCAUACAGAAUUGGGUUGAAGAUCUCUACUGGAAACAGCAUGACAUAAACUACCCUGGCAUGCCUGGUGCCAUGGUUCAUCGUGGAUUUUAUUAUGCUUAUCACAAUACGACAAUUCGACCUGGUAUUUUGGAUGCUGUUAUAAGAGCCAAGGAUCUAUAUGGAGACAUCAACGUCAUGGUGACAGGGCAUUCUAUGGGAGGGGCCAUGGCAUCCUUUUGCGGACUUGAUCUUGUGGUGAAUCAUGAAGCACGGAAUGUUCAGGUUUUAACAUUUGGACAACCUCGUAUUGGCAAUGCAGUGUUUGCAUCUUACUACAGUGACCGCGUGCCAAAUACGAUACGUAUUACUAAUGGACAUGAUAUUGUGCCUCAUUUGCCUCCGUACUAUUCUCGGUUCCCACAGAAGACUUACCAUCACUUCCCUAGAGAGGUAUGGCUAUAUAAUAUAGGAUUUGGUAGUCUGGUUUAUCAGGUUGAGAAAGUUUGUGAUAGCUCUGGAGAAGAUCCAUCAUGCAGCAGGAAUAUAUGUGGACAACUGAUGAGAGUGCGUCUCUGCAGAUCAGUAACUGGUAACAGCCUUGCGGACCAUUUAGUUUACUAUGGUGUGGGAUUAAUGGCUGAGACAUGGGGAUCAUGCAAAAUCGUCAUGGACGCACGAUUGAAGGAAUAUGGAGGUGAAGAUGUCAAAGGAAAUCUUAUUGUUUCCAGGAAUCUUUCUGCUUCUGCAUUGAGGCUGCCUUCAGACUCUGAUGCCAAGAACAACUUCAGUUAAAAUGCUUCUGGUUCAGCACCUUUUUUCUCAAAGAUCAUCAGUGACCUCUGUGAUGGCGGUCAUGAAAUGCAUUCCAUCGAUCUGUUGUCCAUAUCCAUCACAAGCAUAAGAGCUCUACUCAAAUUCACUCUGAAUUUAAAUAGUACGAAGUUGAAUGUGUCAUCCUUGUAAAUACAACUCCGUGACUUCCAUUGAAUAAAUACGUUCGCAAGUUUACUUGUCAA